CCACCACCCAAUCGAUAGAUAUAAAUUCUGCUUGCAAAACCUCUUGCUUCUCGAAAACCCUAGCGGCCACAGAUCCAAAGGUUUUUGAGCUUUUCUCCCACCUAGUGUUUCCGUUUCCGAAAGCUCCACAAUCAUGGCGGACGUUGAGACCGAUGUGGCGGCAGCUGGAGUUCCCAAGAAGAGGACGUUCAAGAAGUUCAGCUUCAGAGGUGUCGAUUUGGAUGCUCUCCUCGACAUGUCGACUGAUGAGCUUGUCAAGCUCUUCCCUGCCAGAGCUCGCAGAAGGUUUCAGAGGGGCCUCAAGCGCAAGCCCAUGGCUUUGAUCAAGAAGCUGCGCAAAGCGAAAAGAGAGGCUCCACCUGGUGAAAAGCCAGAACCAGUCCGCACUCAUCUGCGUAACAUGAUUAUAGUGCCAGAAAUGAUUGGAAGCAUUAUUGGUGUGUACAAUGGUAAGACCUUCAAUCAGGUUGAAAUCAAGCCUGAAAUGAUCAGCCACUACCUUGCUGAGUUCUCAAUCUCAUACAAGCCUGUCAAGCACGGUAGGCCUGGUAUUGGUGCCACCCACUCUUCGAGGUUCAUUCCUCUUAAGUGAGAUCCUUUCCUGCUGUCUAGAUAUCUAAUCGUGUUGUUUCUGAAGACUUUGAUGCCGAUCAAAUUUUUGCUCAUUACUAUUCAGUUUUGUUUAUGUUUCGACUUGUGUUAAUUACUCUUUAGAUGGAAGUUAAAUUUACAGUUGGGGUUUCAGACGAAUGAUCUCAAUUUUCUAUUUAAUGUAUGAGAAUUUGAAUUUAAAUCUGUGUUUCGUUAGUCA